AUGAAUAGAUCAACGACUUUUCGAAAUAAACUUAAGGAAGAUGAUCCUGACAGAUACAAAGCGUAUUUGGACAAGCAGAAAUUGCGAAUGAAGGAGAGGAGAGAAAAACAGAAGAAAGAAUUGCAAAAGAAAAAUCCAUCUGAAGCUGCAAAGCUACAAAAACAGCAUGAACUGCUACUUCAGCGUGAAAGACAACAAAAGUGGUUAGAUAAAAAGAAAAUGGAGGCCAAUGGCUCUAUCAAAACUCCGCCAAGGUCAGUAAAAAAAUCAGUUGUUGCAACAAGACACAGUAUUGAGUCAAAAAGGUCUUCCAAUCGAGAAAUGAAAAGGAAAGAAAGACUCGUGCAGUCGUACCAAAAGAAAAUGUGGAUAAGAAAAAGGGACAGAGAGAGGAAAGGUUUGAAGAGAGAGGCUUUGAAGAGAGAGAGAGAGAGCUUCUCACAUACAGCCUGCAAGUUCAGUCACUAG